AUGGGGCAGAGGCAACUCUUUUGCCUGGGAAGGGUCCUUUUGAAGAGGAACAAGAUCUUGGUUCUCGACGAGGCGACCGCCUCUAUUGACUCGAACACGGAUGUCAUUUUGCAGAGGAUAAUCAGGGAGGAGUUCUCCAAGUGUACAGUGAUAACUGUGGCGCAUCGCGUUCCAACUGUGAUUGACAGUGACAUGGUGCUUGUCUUGUCUUAUGGGAAGUUGGUGGAGUAUGAUGAACCUUCAAGGCUUAUGGAGAUCGAUUCUUCAUUUUCAAAGCUUGUGGCUGAGUAUUGGUCAAGUUGUAAGAAGAAGUAA